CACGCUGGGACUGCUCAGGUAUAAAGGGCGCCUUUGGCCUCCGGUUUGCAUUCCUGUCUCCUCCUCCAUCAUCGCAUCACCAAGCAACAGCAAUCCAGUCAUUCGCUCCAAGCUCCUCUCCCAAGCAAUACAAUAAUUCAAAAACACCCGGCCCUCCACAAAGCCAACACAGCCCAAAACCACCUCCAUCAUGAAGGUCUUCGCCGUCAUCAUUGCCCUUGCCGCCGCCGCCCUCGCGGCCCCCACCGAGGACAGCCUGGGCGCCCCCGGCUGCACUCCCGCCACCUACGCGUGCGCCCACAACCCCAAGACGGGCCACGAAGGCUGGAAGGUCUGCGACACGCAGAAGGUCUGGCAGUACGCCGGUGACUGCCCGCCGAAGACCAAGUGCAUGUUCCUCGCUGCCAACGGCAGCCCGUACUGCAUUCCCGUCUAGGCAUAUGGCUUAAACAGAGAGAGAGAACGAGAUCUGUGUGGUGGUAGCCAAAUUGCGAGAUGGGAAGAAAGGAGGGAGCACUGAGCAGGUGGUGUGUGCAGGUGAUGUUUGAAAUCAGUGGCGCAGGGCUUGGGGGAGGCUAUGUACUGGGGCAACCUCCUUUAAACACUCCUUUAAGUACUGAAAUCGUUCUUUAAUUAAAUAAUGAUUUUCUUACAGCCCUGUGCCCUCGGCUAG